AUGCAUGCAUCCAAGCGACGGAAGGGUCUUUCUCGCAAAGUUCAUGUCUCUGGCUUCAGCCAUACUGGAGAACGACGCAAUGAAGUUUUAUCCCAGGCAGCAGUGGCCCGCGAACGCACCGCAGGUCAAGAACGCUACCGUCUCAACAUUACUGGUACCUUCUUUCUUUCACUGUCUUACUCUAUGCUGAUCUUCUUCUCAGGUCUUAGUCAAGAUACCCUCAAUGUCCUUGGUGAAAUAUGCACUGAACUGCCUCACGAAGACUUUAUAGCCACGGACGCCAUGGACCACGAUGGGCAAAAUGGAGACUGGGAACCCAUACCUGAGUCUUGGAACGAGGACGAGACGAUUGCAUCAAACUCAGCUCCCCCUCUGACUACACCACUGUCAACUGAACAUGGCUUUACCAUCGAAGUCGUCGACCUUUUCACUUUGGAAUCACACGCAUUCAUCCCACGUGAGGACGACAUCUUGACAUCUGUCACACUCGUAAACGCUGGCUAUGUUGGUCACGUCCCACAUACUCCCUCACUUGUAUUUUCUCUCCGUACAUUGGAACAUUACCGACUCGUUCGUUCACGCAAACCUUCAUUCAGUGUAGAGGCCUUUAGCAAAGUAAUAUGUGACUCAUACAAGGUACCUUACAGACGACAUUAUCGCACAAUGUUAGCGGGCGCAUUCGAUGUCUACUUAACUAUGGUCCACUCCAUCGAGCAAAAGGUCAAUGUUGCCCUUGGUCGUGAUACCCUGAACUGGCGGGUCCUUAACGCCUGCCCUCCAUGUGCCUAUGCACUCGAGGAUGAAUCACCUCUCACAUUCAAUCGCAUGUUCGUCAUUGAUGGUGGGAAUUCAGCAAAAAGGAUGCUACAAGUAGGUGAUCGUCAGCGUGGAGAUAUGAGGGAGUAUGCUGACAGCGACUACAUGCUUCCUCGGCCUUACGUCAACCAGUUCGCAAAUGAAGUUCGGUCGCAACCAAUGCCUGCGGACACUUCAGAGCCUGAGGAUGUUGUUCCUGCUAUUGGGAAUGACGAUGACGCUGACACCGAGGACUCAUCACGACAAGUCAUGUCUUCCGAUUGCAGCAAGAACUGGAAGGCUGCCGCCGGUGAAGAGAAGAAACAGAUGUGGAGUAUUUUCGAUGAGACUGGCCUCUUUGUUGCUGCCUGUCGUCAUGGCCUCCUAUUGUGGGUGACUGACAUGGUGCGCAGCGGUGAACUUGCAAAGUACCCUCUCGCCAUCAUUUCAAAAAUUAUCGAGGUUCUUGGUGAGCGCAAUCUUGGGGCUUACGACAUUGGCUGCGGAUUGCAUCGACUAUCAGCUCGAGUAGCCUUGGGGAAGCAUUCAAGAAGCAAGGAUGCCUGUAUGUGCGUGGACACAUUCCACGGCUACGCGCACAACUUCGCAUGUCAAACAAAGAACCACCCUAACGGCAUCCAGGGCGCAGCGCAUCAAAUGCCAUUCGCCCCUGUCAUUCGCUAUGCGAGUCCCUACCAUAGACAUGUCUUCCUCGACUUAUUCUUCAAACAAUGGGAUGAGGACAAGUACCUCAACCUCGCUACCAUGAUUUUUAACAACUAUAAGCAGGCGCUCAGUAUCUUGGCCUCGGAAUCAAUUGCACUUGACAAAGCGAAGAGGUUGCUUAGCAUCAGUGAUGAUGAUCUUGAGAGUUGGCGUGCCAAAGAGGUUGACUAUUUCGCAAAUGUUGGCAAACAGUCCACGUGGGAUGUGCACACUAUGGUGUAUGUGGAGCUCCUUCAAAAAUUGAGAGACACGGAGUGCCAGGCACAUGACGCUAACUCCAAGUUCUUAUCUACUACGCCGUCAGACUAUCAAUUUCUCCCUCCUUCACAGAGCUCGUACUCCGCUGAUCUCUCAUCUACAAGACGACUCGAAAUGCAGCGCCGUUAUGCGACCGAACGCCUUGCUACCCUUCAACAUGAAGUCGUUUCAAUGGAACCGUCGACUCUAGAAUAUCAGCAAACAAUGGAAUAUAUGGCAACCUACAAGUACCAGUGUGCACUUGACCAGCUUCAACGGCUGGUUGUCCAGCGUCUUUUCGAGCUUCAAAAGCUCAAUAUAUCGCAGACUGCCUACAAGAUGCAAACACACAUUUCAAAGUCUCUUCAAACCCGUUGUCGCACCAUCCAAAAUGCUAUCAAGAAGUAUAACGAAGCCGCGCUAGAGCUCAAUCCCCCUCGUGCACCACUUGAAUGGUCCAGAGUCUCGCAUUAUAGCUUCCUCGAGGAGUUUAGUCUCCUACAUGAGACACGUCAGGAUGUUCGAGAAAAACCUUGGGCGAAACCAGCCGUCCGCGAGGUCAUGCGCCAAUGGUUGUGCAUUAAGCGUGCCAAGGAGGAAAUCGAGCGCUGCAAUGUUGAAGUGCGGCGCCUCCACAUAGCAAUCAUUGAUGAACACCAACAUUUCAAUCUUAUUCUCAAUUCGCUUGCUGACGAUUCUCUUCUAAAAGUCGCUGUCGAGGAAUUCUGUGCACGCCGUUGUCUGAUCAAUUUCCAGUUGCUUGCUCGCAUCUCGCAAAUCUACGCACUAUCUGGUUUCACUGGUGUGGCAUCACCUGGCACGAGGAAAGGAGCGGUACUAUCUCGUAUGGAGCAGGACAGUGCAUUACCAGAAGCACCGGAGGAUGAUGCGGAUGACGCGGAUGACACUGCUGAUGCACCUUAUGAAGUUGAUGACCUGCAGCAAGGCAUAGGCACCCUGGUGGAAUACUUAUCUGACUUAGUACUUACUCGUUGA